AUGGGCUUUUCUGAUCUUGACUUUGCUACCAUCCAUGAUGUCAUUAACUCCUGGGAAAGACUUCGUCAACUGAAAGACUAUGAUGUAGAAGCUGGCACCCUCCUGUUCUCCCACAUGUUUGACAAAUGCCCUCGCACCAAAGUCCUCUUUGGUUUUCCGUUGGACAUGGCCACAGACCACGAUUCCUUGUUAUCCAACCGCCGAUUCAAAGCCCACUCCAAGUACAUGAUUUCCAUGCUGGGCAAGGCACUCAAUAUGCUGGGGCCUGAUGAUGAGUUGCUCACAGAAGUCAUGUCAGAUUUGGGAAAGAAACAUGUCCAGCUGGGCAUUGAUGAUGAAGCCUACUACAGAGUUAUGGGUGAUUCCUUGUUUGUGGCAUUGGGCGAGCUGCUUGGAAAGGAAUUCUCUCCACAAGUGGAAGAAUCAUGGACCAUUGUGUAUGGCGAACUUACAUCAGCCAUGAUCAAGGAGAUGCGUCAAAAUGUUCUUCUGAAGUAG